GAAGAAUUUCCGUUGAAGCGACCGUGUUAGCAUCUUGUUAGCAUGGCUGUGUACUGAUUCUCUUCAACCAGAUGGAGAAGCCAAACAUCCAGUUGUUGUUACGGUUGGAGCUGAAGAUGUAGCCAGCAAGGUGGGAGAUCUCAGCAGAACCAACAAGCUUCUGUCCCCAGAGGACCAACCCUGGAGCAGCUCCCAGCCUGAGCAGACCCAGCUGUGUUCAGUUCCUCUCCCGGGUUAGAGACCCCGGUCCUCAGCCAUGCUCUUCUCCCUCAGGGAACUGGUCCAGUGGCUGGGCUUCGCCACCUUCGAACUCUUCCUCCACCUCCUGGCCUUCCUGGUCUUCAGCAUGCUGGUUGCCCUGAGAGUGGACCUGCUAACCGUGCAGCUGAGCUGGUGGCUCGUCUUCAUCCCUCUGUUCGCCGCCGACGGUCUCAGCACUUACUUCACGGCCAUCGUGUCCAUCCGGCUCUACCAGGAGAACGAGAAGCGGCUGGCGGUGCUGCGGCUCCUCUGGGUGCUGACGGUUCUCAGCCUGAAGCUGGUGUGCGAGGUUCUGCUGUGCCAGAAGCUGGCCGAGCAGGAUCGGGCCAGAGACCUGUGGUACGGGCUCAUCGUGUCGCCGCUGUUCAUCCUGCUGCAGCUGCUGAUGAUCCGAGCGUGCCGGGUCAACUGAGGCGAGGCAGAUCCGCGUCAGCGACGAUGCCGUCAGAGAUUUAACAGCUAAAAGUCGUUUCUUUCUUUUGACUAAUUGCCACAAGGUUUUUCACCCUCCAGGUUACUCUACGACCUGCUUUUACGAGUUUUACCCAGCUGUAAGAUCAACAGGUAAACUUCUGCUCGUUGUUUUUUCAUUUUUAUAUAAAAAAGUAACGCUGUAAGUUGUUGUGGGACCUUCAUGAGGAUAACUGUUCUCUCAGAUGUGGAGCAUUUUAGUGCCUCUGAUAUUGUGCAAUCAAUGGUAGACAAAGAGCCAUAAAGAAAAACACAUGUAAUACAACCGGUUCUGUGCAGAAGUUUAAAGCCAGCUCUCAUUUAAAACAUGUUUUUCUUCUAAAUAGAUUCACAUCACUUCAAACCAAGGGAACUAAUGUGUCGACAGAACUCGGUCCAUUUUCAUUUGGAACUUUAGGAUCUUUUUUGCCGGCCGACUCAUACAGACAAUUUUUACUCAUUUCUCUUUAAAAAUCUACUAAAAAUACCAAAGACGGCUCAAUUUGAUUAAUAGAAAAUAGGCUUUUAGCAUCAACCAAGGAGUUCUCACAGAGUUUAACGUCAAAACGUGACACGUGUGACUCGUGCUGGCAAAAUGAAGAAUUUCUCCGUUUGGAGAUUUUUUCUUUUCAAAUUCUCGUCUGCAGUUUCUUCACAUUUGACAAGUUUAAAACAGAUGUUUAAUGGUCUGGAGUGGCAUCACCAGGAAUUCUAGCUGAAUAUAAAAAAAAAAAAAAAAAACUCCCAAAGCUUUCACAGUGAAAACAAACAUUAUACGAAGGGAUUUCCCAGUAGAGAAAAAUUUGUCAAUUUGAAACAAAACUAUAAAGUUUAUAAGGCAAAUAAAUAUUUUUGAAGACAUAGUUGUUAGAAAACUUUAACUCAAAAGUAGCUUUUGAAGAUUAUUUGCUAUUUUAGUGUCUGGGAUCACUAGACGGUU